CUGCAGCUCCUCCCCCCCGACCCGAAUGAAGACAAGCUAGUCAGUUCUCAGCUAUUGCUAACCAAACUGCGGAACCACAGGAGGGAAAGAGUCUAUUGCUGGGGAUUUGUAGCUCGAAGUUGCGGUGCAGUGUUGAGACGAAGGCCUUCCUCAUCGAUAACCUCGGAUGCAGCUAGGACAGCUAACACGAACAGUGCCAAGUUCCUCGUUAGCUUAAGUUGAUAAAAUUAGCUAGUUGCGUCGUUUGACAGCUAACGCUAACUAGCUAGUCUCAUUGGUAUUCGACGUCAGUUUCAAAACAAAGCCCGCAAAGCCAAGAAGUUGAGACUCAGCUGUCACCUCCAGAGCAGAUUGCUACAAGAUAACCUGGACAGAUUUAAUGAUAGAAGAUAAAUAUUGCUUUUCACACUCGUAGUCUAUGGAUAGUUAACCCUGUUUUGCUGACAUAAGGGCUAAGUUAAAUAGGCUGUCUGCAGAUUUGGCUCAGGAGCGUUUGAACUUAACAUCAUAACUAAUCGUGCAGCAAAGUGGUCUUAGUGCCUUCUUGAAACAAUUUGGUUCAAGUUUCCUUCAAGCUUGGAUUUAAAUGUCCGAAAAGAGUUCAUCGUCUGGUUCGGAUGAGGAUGUGGACCCUGAAUCUGGACAGCAUGUGGAGCUGGGAGGCAUUUUAAGCAAGUGGACAAAUUACAUACACGGAUGGCAGGACAGAUGGGUCGUGUUGAAAAACAAUACUUUGAGCUACUACAAGUCAGAGGAUGAACGGGAGUACGGCUGCAGGGGGUCUCUGUGCCUCAGCAAGGCUGUCAUCACACCUCAUGAGUUUGACGAGUGUCGUUUUGACAUCAGUGUGAACGACAGCGUUUGGUACCUGAGAGCUGAAGAUCCUGAACACAGACUCCAGUGGAUUGAGUCAAUAGAGCUGCACAAGGCCGAGUCUGGCUACGGUUCAGAAACCAGUCUCAGGCGUCAUGGUUCCAUGUUGUCUCUCACCUCUGCAGCCAGUGCCUUGUCUGCUACAUCUACAUCCUCUUUCAAGAAGGGGCACAGGUUGCGUGAGAAGCUAGCAGAGAUGGAAACCUUCCGGGACAUUCUGUGCAGACAAGUAGACACCCUGCAGAAAUACUUUGACUCCUGUGCCGAUGCUGUCUCCAAAGAUGAAUUUCAGAGAGACAGAGAAGUAGAAGAGGAUGAAGACGACUUCCCCGCAACUACAAGACCAGAUGGUGAAUACAAUCACAACAACAACGGCAGCAAAGAGAAAUUGUUUUCCCCUGCCAGUCCAAAAGGCAUGAAUGGGAUAGACUUCAAGGGUGAGGCCAUCACCUUUAAGGCCACCACAGCAGGGAUCCUGUCUACAUUGUCCCACUGCAUCGAACUGAUGGUCAAACGAGAGGACAGCUGGCAGAAGAGACUGGAUAAGGAGUUAGAGAAAAGAAGGAGGGUAGAAGAUGCCUACAAGUCUGCCAUGAAUGAACUGAAGAAAAAGUCGCACUACGGAGGCCCUGACUAUGAGGAGGGGCCCAACAGUCUGAUCAAUGAAGAUGAGUUCUUCGAUGCAGUGGAAGCUGCACUGGACAGACAGGACAAGAUAGAGGAGCAGUGCCAGUCGGAGAAGGUGAGGAUACCUCGACUGACUCCAGUGCCUGCGGGAGACGCCUACUCCACGAUCGGUACCCACCGAUAUGCCACCAAGCCCCAUAGCCAUUCUUCUUCACUAUCAUCUGUUGAGCUAGUCAGUGCCUCGGACGACAUUCACAGGUUCAGCACGCAGGUGGAGGAGAUGGUGCAGAAUCAUAUGACUUACUCUCUUCAAGAUGUGGGUGGAGAUGCCAACUGGCAGCUGGUAAUAGAAGAAGGAGAGAUGAAGGUGUACAGGAGAGAAGUGGAGGAGAAUGGCAUUGUGCUGGAUCCUCUCAAAGCGACUCAUGCAGUGAAGGGGGUAACAGGACAUGAGGUCUGCCACUACUUCUGGGACACCUCUGUGCGAUUGGACUGGGAGACCACUAUUGAAAAUUUCAACGUUGUGGAAACACUCUCUGAUAACGCGGUCAUUGUUUAUCAGACGCACAAGAGAGUCUGGCCUGCAUCGCAGAGAGACGUUCUUUAUCUGUCAGCCAUCAGAAAGAUCUUGGCAACAAAUGAAAAUGAUCCCGACACAUGGCUGGUCUGCAACUUCUCUGUGGACCAUGACAAUGCCCAACCUACUAAUCGGUGUGUUCGUGCCAAAAUUAAUGUCGCCAUGAUCUGCCAAACUCUGGUCAGCCCACCAGAAGGUGACAAAGAGAUCAGCAGAGACAACAUCCUUUGUAAGAUCACCUACGUUGCCAAUGUAAACCCAGGAGGAUGGGCUCCAGCUUCAGUCCUCAGAGCCGUGGCCAAGAGAGAAUAUCCCAAGUUUCUUAAACGCUUCACCUCCUACGUCCAGGAGAAAACAGCUGGGAAGCCGAUUCUCUUCUGAGCACAAACAGGCUUUAGGAGGCUGAGAUUUUCCUCUGUAGAAACAACAUUGUUCAUGGCUCUCCGGACUACAUGACCCAUUCACCAGUCAACUAGAAUGUGUUUUUUUCUUUCUACAUGCAGGACAGCAUAUCAUUCAGGACGUCCAACAGGACCCCUGCUCAUAGGAGGGACUGGUUUUAUGGCUUUAAUCCAUCAGUAGUUGUCGUCCCAGCCAUAUUUUAAAGGCCUAACACCAUCUGCUGGUCAUGGGUACAUUUGUUUGUAAAUUAAAGAGUUUCCUAAGUGGUU